AUUGAUAUAUAUAUUGCUUAUUUUUAUGGUGUUGUGGUUUCUGAAAUUCCCUUUUUGUGUUUUGAGAUGAAGGAAAAAUCGCCCAAGUUUUCUCGAGCACCCGACCUGGCCCUGACCCGACGUAGACCACCGAUGACUCUAGUGGUUCGUUAACCAUUCUUCCAUGCCAACAAUGUGCCCAUAGUGUUUCAGUUGCUACCCCUUCUACCCCUUCUACCCCCAAAAUGGUUUUUCCAGCAUCGCCACUCUUCUCUUUUGAUAUACCUAGAGAAGAUGUCAUCUCUGCUUAUAGUGUGUGGCAGCGAAGUCAAUCAAGAAGCAGUGAACAGAAGGCUUAUUACGAUUUGGUUGAAGAGCUGACCAUAGCCAAGGGCUAUACACUUGACAUGAUUGCCUGUAACCAAGAAAGGAUGUGCAAGUUCUACGAAAAGCAUGACAUCCCGCAUUGCCUGGAACUAUGUGUGCAAUGUUCAAUGGUUUGGGAAACAUCAUGGGAGGGCACAGAGCGUAGAGUCGGUUGUUUGCUGAUGCAGGACAUCGGUUCAUAUCCAGCUUUAUAAAACCUAUCUAAAUAUAAGCUCUUAUGUCGUUCUUCAUUGUAAAUUCUAAGAUAGUCAGUCGCAUCUUCGUCCUCCAGAAUC